AUGCGUGCCAAGCACGAAACUGACCUUGCAGCAAUGCGUACUGCCAAUGAAGCUGACCUAGCGACACUACGCACCGAGAAUGAGCCCUCUCCACCUCGACCGCUACGACGACACAACGGACCCAUACGAGCAUAUCGACCUGUACACCACGCAGUUGAGUCAAUCGACAACUUCCACACCCUGGUCAAGCAAUUCACGGCUCAGUAUGCCACGAGCCGGCCUCACCAUGUCACGUCGGCCGCCUUGGCCAAUCUUAGGCAGGGCGACGAUGAGUCAUUGAGGGCGUUCAUGGAACGCUUCGCUAACAUCUCAGUCAAAAUCCAAAAUUUGAAUCCAGAAGUCUCCCUGCACGCCAUGCUCAUCGCACUCAAGCCCAUACCGUUUGUCGACAGCCUAUGUCGUGAAGCUCCUCGCGACAUGGACGAUCUUCGUGCCCGUGCUGCUGGGUACAUCCAGAUGGAAGAAUACUCCGCUUUUCGUGAUCAGGUUCGCGGAAAGUCACAAGCGAAACCGGACAAUGGUCAAAAGGACAAAGUGAAAGUCAACAACGACAGCCAGUUCAAGAAAACUGCUAGGACAAACAAGGGGGGAGAUACGACUUCUACACUCUCCUGA